UUGAAGAAGGAAUGUAUUGAAAGGUCUUGUAUUAGGACUGGGAGUCAAGUCGUCUGGAUCGGUGUCGUGUCGUCAUGUCUUCAUCGUUUGUCUGCUAUCAUCUAUUGUCUGCUGGGGGCAAGCGCAGCAGAACAUCGAGGUGAUGAUUAAUUCGUGCAAGUUAAAAGACAAGAGCCCGUACUCCGAUUAAAUAGCUACGAAAGAUCUCGUACGUCGACUCAAGUUAUAUUUAGGACCGCUAUCUUAAAUUAAUUGGUGACCCCGACCAAAGAAUAGCAAAUUUUCUGAUGUGGAGUCGAAAUCGCUAAAGGUGACCCAACAAAACAACAACAACGUUAAAGAUGGUACAGCAAUAAAGGUAUCACAGCAUGAGGGAACAAAGGCACGAAAUCGGAAAAGAAUCAGACGACGGAUAAAGACUACGUCCGCACAAUGAACGAUAUGAACUUCUGUUUGAAUUCAAAAAUAAAAGAAAAUGAGAAACAACAGAUGGUAGAUAAACAAAAAGCAAUUAUUACCGAACAACAGAAAGAGAUCGACGAGCGACAUCAAGUGAUUGACAAACUUCUUAUAAUCUCCACAACUGUAAACAGUAUGUGCUUGAUAGAUUCUAUUAAAUACGUUCUAGAUUUCUACAUUUCUAAAAGCGGUGAUGUAUUCUGGUACGGGAGAUAUACCAAUGGAUUUUAUAUGGAUUAUUUGCAUUCUGUUAAAUUCUGUGAGAUUAGCAAUUCAACUAUAGCACAGAUAAAAAACAAGGAAGAGUACGACGGGAUUGUAAACAUGAUAAGACCUACAGCCGCCGAACUCGUGGCCGCUUGGACUGGAAUUAUUUUCGACCCAGUGAAAGGUGAGGUAUCUACGAAAGAUUCUUUCAUUCAAUGGGAAGAUUCGUCCCAACCCCUUACAGAAUAUUGGAAUCGGCGCUUUGUAAAUGUUUAUCUGACAGUGUUUGCCGAUUCGAAUGAUAUCGGAGGAAUGUCAAACACGUAUCCCGAUGAUCUACUCAGCUUUGCUAUAUGUCAAUGGUAAUGACAAUUUCGACCAUGUUGUUUACAAUAAUAUAUCUUGUGAGAAUUAUUUAAUAGGCUGUAGGAUGGAUGGCUCAACUAGCCUUCUGAGAUUUUGUUGUCAACAAGUUGCUUUUUGGACACAAAUUGUAAAUAUGAAUUGCUAAAUUGUUUUUAUUACGAACAAUUCUUCUUUCUACUAAUGGACCAAAUAAUUUUAAAUUUUAUUUUUAAAAGAUGAUUGAAGUCUCGAAACAGAUCUAACCAUUCCUGCUGCCCAGGGCGAGUUUCUAAUGAUGUCCCUUAUAGUAUACCCAACUACGAAAAUCAUUCAAGGAAUUUACAAAUUAAAGGUGUCGUUAUACAUGAGAAUAAAUAAAUUGAAGGUCAAGUAAAGGUGAAAAUAUUUGUAUUAUUAUUAUUUAAAGUGACUUUAAACCAUCAAACUAGGCAACAAACUCAUUCCUACAACUUGUUGCCCCCUCCAGACACGCCCCUGGCAAUAACUCGAAUUUGCUCCAAGUCUUAUGUUACCCGAUAUUUAUCCGAAAAUUUUGUCGUUUUAUUUUUCAAUUCACGUAAACGCUUCUAUGUCUUAUGUUAUAAUUGUUCAUUUACAAGAAAUAAAUAUGAUAAAAAUUGCAAAAA